AUGGCUCGAAGAUCUCUUGGUGCAAUGAGAAGAAAUUUCUUCUGGGGAUCACCUAAAGGCGGGUGGCCUUUAUUGCCAUAUAUGGUCCUUCCUGCAACAAAUCGAAUUCUUAAACUGGGUAGGAAGCCAUGGAAGCAGAACUUCGUUGCCGCAUCCUUUCAUCCUCGUACAGAGGCCACUCUAAUCUCUGCAUUUUUUCCAAUUUUCUCGGAUGUCCAUGAAGAAUACUAUGCUACUCUCUCCUCUGAAUGA